CUCCCUUUUACUUUAUUACUACUUUUUAUCAUUUACCUUACUAUGAACAACACUGAAGCAAAUAACAACACACCCAACAACGUACGUGGUCGCGGACGUGGUCGUAGAAAUGGACGUGGAGGUAGACGCGGACGUGGCAGACACGCUGGCACCUUUGUGUUUGUUGAACCUACUGUUCAGCACAACACCACUCCUGUCAACAACAGCAAUGCCCAAGCAGAGAACAACAACGCUAAUGUCGAAGAUGACAAUGGGCCUUCACGUCCAUACAACGUAUGGCCUGAGGUUGCAAUUUGUAUCCUUCUUGAGAUCAUGGCAGGCACCUACAAUCACUUGUUGAGAAGACGAGAUACUGCCUUGAAACAGUUUAUCUGGGUUCAUUCGGCAGCUCUCUUAAAAGAAAAGAUGGCUGAAUAUGCAAACACCGAUGCAGUCAGGGCUUUUAUAGCAAAUAAAGACAUGAAAGCCAGAUUCACCAGAGCCAGAAAUGCAGCAAGAGAAACAGGAGUUGAAAUUGCCAAGAUCACUCAGGAUGAUCCUAGCAUCCAACCUGAGGUAAUUUACGAAAGCGUCAACAUGGAGGAGAAUGGCAUUCGAUCAUAUAGAAGAUCAAACGACGUUGAUUUAAUGGAUGCCAUUGGAUCCGAUGGUCCCGAAACUACGUACUUGACACCUACGGAAGUCGAUCAACUUGUGAUCCAAAAAGCUUUGGCCGAUCGAUACCCCACUGAAGGAUCUUCAGUACCAUCACCAUCAACAGCACCUGCACCUGCACCAUCAUCAACACCCUCAUCCGCACCACCACCUCCACCUACAUCCGCACCACCACCAACCUCAACACCAGCAACCGAACCACCAACACCAACACCAACAUCAGCAUCGGCA